UUGUCAGUCGCAGUCGUUCUGCUAGUGUUUUUAACAAUUAUUUUAUCAGAUAACUUUUAUAUUUAUUUUUGUAAGAAUUCGCCAGACAAACUUCCAUCUACUUUUAACUUUUCGAAAAGAAAACAAAAUCCAAAAAUGCACGUAAAUCUAGAUCCACUUUUGGUGGACAAAAUCGCCAAUGAGGUAAAAUCCCAAGGAGUCUUUGAUCAAUUCCGCAAGGACUCGAUGGCCGAUGUGGACACCAAACCUGCCUACCAAAACCUUCGCCAACGCGUUGAAAAUACCGUGAACAAAUUCCUUUCUGCCCAAAUAUGGACUCCAGACAUGAAUAAGAAUCAAGUUCGCGAAAGGCUUCGAAAGCACAUAACAGAAGCUGGCUUCCUUGAUGUUGGUGUCGAGCGAAUAGUCGACCAAGUAGUCAAUCCCAAGAUUGCUACCGUUUUUCAGCCGAAAAUCGAAGACAUCGCCUAUAAAUACCUUGGAAUACCAAAACCGCAGCCAACGGUUGUUGUAUCUUCGUCGGAUGUUCCGCCUUUGAAUGGAAUUCUUAAAAUUGAAACUGACUUACUACCAACUGAUCUGGAACAGGUAAGUCCGGAUUCCGAUAAGUGUACUGUGAAAUCCGAUUCCAAGGACGAUAUGGAGACUGAUGAAAAACUCGAUGACUUUGAAUCGCCCGCCUUUGAACCUAUUGAGAAAAGCAACUUGGAUAAAUUCAAGUUUGAAUCCAAAUUGGAACCCAAAAUCGAAGAAGUAAAAGAAAUAAAAACUGAAGAAGCAACACCAGCGGCUCCUGCAUCACAUUCUUUUGCUUUCAAGCGAUAUCAUCCACAAGUCAAGGAUGAAAGUUCUUCAGAAGACUGGGAUGCAGAAGAGAACAAUGAACCAGCACCUGAACCUCCGGUUAAGUCGGAUGCAAGUGCUCCAUGCAAUGUGUCGCCAGGUGAUGCCACACAGGAAUCCCAGCUUUCGCAAGUUUCUAGCGAUAGCCGUCUUUCAAUUGUUACCAAUGGCAAUACACAAGAUGAUCAAUCAACUGCUUGUGAAAUUAAAGAGGAGAACAACGUCAACAUAUCCGAGGAAGCACAGAUGCCAAAGUUCAGUGAAAACUCUAAUUCCUGCUCCGACCAAAAACCCUCUGAGCCACUGCACUUUGACAUCAAAAAGGACGAAAUCAUAUUCGAAGGAACUGAACGAAAAACCGAGCCACCAAGUGAAGAUACGUCCCCGAAUAUCAGCGAAGAACACAGAGUGGACAGCUCCAUGGAGAACAAGACAAUCGAUACAUCCGAAACGAGUGACAUCCCACUGCCCUCACAUGAGUUUUCCUUCGAAAAGGACUCGGAUUUCAAGUUCUCAAAAAUCGAAGUCAAAGUUGAUUUAGAAGAGGUUACAAAAACAACCUCGCUUGAUGACUCUGUCGACAGGGAGUUGCAUAUAAUUGAAAAAUCAGAAAUGUCCCAGUGUUCCAUGUCGCAGAAUUCCAUUAAAUCUCCAAUGGUGAAGCCAAAAUCCCCCUCGGCGACGUCUUCUCCGCAGCAUUCUCAUCACAAGUCUAGUCAUCGUGAUAGAGAGCACUCAUCUUCCCGGCAUAAAAAAUACUCUAAGGACAGGCGAUCUGACAAGGAUAAAGAUAAGUACAGCAGUAGCAGCCACAAGGUACCAUCCUCGUCUUCAUCAAGAUAUCAUUCUUCCAAAUCGUCGAGUAGCCAUAGGACCAGCGGUGGCACGCUAUCAGAUCAUCACCACCAUCAUCAUCGCAGCAGCAGCAGUUCGGUGCAUAAAUCAAAAAGUUCUUCGCGUUAUGACAAACCCUCGCACAGUUACCAUGAUUCCAAAGAAUCCAGUCGCAGUCGAGAUCGCAGCAAAUCAAGGUCAGAUAAGACUAGGGACAAAGACAAGACAUCAAAAGAAAAGUCUAGUCGAAGCAAGACCUCAGUUGACGAUCACUACUCCUCGAAACACAAAUGGAGGAAAUCUACAGAUUCCAAUGACGAGGACAGCAGCCAGGAGGGAGGACAGCCGCGUGGUCCAAAGGAAAGCAGUAAUUCGCAGGACAAUGUCACCAAUGGCACUCACAACAACAGCAAUACUUCGUCAGGAACGUCAAUUGCAAAUAAUCCAAAUGGCAAUGCUGGAGGGAGUGUGGUAGAAACUUCAAUUCAGCUGAAUUUAGCCGGACAGGAAAUUGUUAUGUUGGAUAAUUUACUCAAGAAUCCAGAGACCAAUUUCAUUGAAAUCGGAAACGCCUGCGUCCAAGUGAACUCAACCAUUAUUGAUCAAACAGUACAAAUGUGUCCGUACAAUGGUGAGUCGUUGUUUUAUUUUGAAAAUGAAACCAAAACAAAAGAAGACGUCGAAACUCGGUUAAAUAUUCUCACAAACAUCAUGGAGAACUUCCGAAACAUCUUAAAAUCAAGUUUGGGAAGCUCUCGCGAUCCAUCCACAACCGAAUCAGAAUCGGGUUCGGGCAAUGCAAGUCACGAAACCGAGACCAGUUCGAUUAGUGGUCGACUUAAAUCUUUGUCACCUUCGACAAGUCCCAGCAAGCCAGCCACAACACUGACCAGUGCAACUCUCACCAUCGACUGCAUACAAUAUGGCGACGCUUCCAUUUCGCAUUGUUUAAGCAAACGUUUCAAAUUCGACGACAAUGCACAAACAAAAGUUUCACCUACAUCAUCGGAUUUGAGCGUCAAUUCGAAAGAAAAUGAAUUUGUUGAUAAAAACUCCCAAAGCGAUAGCGAUUCUUUGGGAUCCCGAGACGCUGGCAAAUCUUCAAUGGACAAAGAAAUAAACGCUGUUGCCAAACGCAAGGUAAUCGUCAAUCGAAAUCAACGAUAUUCAAGUGAGGAUCUCUACAAACCUCGGCCUCUUUUAAGUCAGCGAUCCAGGAGAAGGGGAUUAGAUGCAGUUAUUUAAAAAUAUUUAUAUGUAUAUGUAGAUUUAAGAAUAUGAAUAUGUAUCUUAUUCGUUGACGAUAAAGUAAUAAUAGUUUUCCCAGUUAAUGAAAAUACAUUAAAUAAAAAAGGAAUUGAGAUUAAUUUAAUAGA